AUGACUGUGAUUGAGAACACGUACCCAAACCCCAUAAAUGUGAUCCCCGGCGUACCCGUCAAACUGGCCCUACAGUCCGAUCCCUUGAAUCCGCUCAAAGUUGUGAGUAAUACCGGCGCCAACCGAUCGCUGAUAGACUCUACCCUUUCGCUGGAUUUGGUCGACGAAAACGAUUUCGCCAUUUAUAAAAACGUUUGCGAUCAAGAGUUGGACAGAAAUCCCAAAUAUUCCGGGACUUUAACCGCUUAUAUAGACAGAAACGACGACUCGAGAGGAGAAGUGCCAGAAUUGGACACAAAAGGCAGACAACGGCUGGAGUUUCCCAUUAGAAGAGGAAAAGUGUGUCUCAAAGAGUCGGAACUGCAGCUGAAAGAGAGGACUCGUGGUGUGAAUAACGGGAAGUAUUUGAUUGAACUCAAGGCCCGACUCAAUGGCUGUCAGACACGGAUUAAAUCGUUUUACAUAAACAUAAUGUUCUGCGACGACAGCCGACGCCAGGAACAGUUGAAUCAAAUACAGCGAAAGAUCGCCACAUUUAACCAGAAGAAGGUGGAGAUCGAGAGGGAGAUCGAAAUCGGGACCGAAGAGCUCGACAGAGAGAACACCAGAUUUCGGGUCAUCGAGAAUAGAGUGACGAAAGUGAAGACCAAACUCUCGCAGACCAUCAACGAAGACAUCAGUGGCUUAAUCGACGAGCAGAACAUUGAAACCAAACUAAAGGACUACAAGAAGAGAUCCGUUGAACUGGAGUUCCAGGAGUCGAACCGUGAGGUCCGGGGCGUCGAGACUCCGGCGGCGCCGAGAAUGUCGGGAGUGUUGGGACGGAUCGCGCACUUGGCGUACGUCGAGGACAACGAUUGGGCCAAAAGUAUUUCGUGGUUUCUUCGCAAUCACAUGACAUGCGUCUGCACUAAGACUACAGAAGCGGCGCAAAGGCUGCGCGAAGAGUACGGCGUUCAGCAGACACUGGCGUUGGACUGCGUGCCGGCCGGCCGUCUCUCGGAGUUGACCGACAACUCGCUGGAGACGUUGUUUCGCGUCGAUUACGCCCGAAAUUGCAUGAAAUAUAGCGAUAAUAACUACGCAGAGGAGGCGCGCAAAGUGUUGGACACCCUUUUGGGCAAUACAUUGGCGAUCGACGAGUUGGACAAAGCGGUGAUCUAUAGGAACCAAUUCCAGAGGCAGUUGAGGGGC